AUAACCUAAGGGUCAAGUCACUCCGAAAUUUGAAAUGGUUGGAAUACAUUAGUAGGAUUGUAAAUGAUAUUUUUUGUACAUUUUUUCUAUUGAAAAUGAGUAAACAACGAUAUAACUGGAAAGCAAGAAAGGUGGUUGAAACGAAAAUAGACAGAUCUUUCUCUAAAAAAAUAGAAGUUGAUUUGGGAACAACUGGGCAUUAUGAUGACUGUAACGAACUGGUCUUACCAUCUGAAAAACGGAAAACAAAAAUCAAAUCGGAAAAAGCAACAACAAAAAGAAUUUUGUCUAAGAAACUUCGUAAACGCUUGGAGAAAAUUUUGGACAAAAAAAAGAAAAAGGAAAAUAGAGCUGAAUUGUUGGAGUCCAUCCAAAAAGUACAGGCAUCUAGUGAAGAAUUAUCCCAGUUGACUUCCAUAUCAUCAAUCCAAACUAAGGGUUUGAAAAGGUACUUUCAGGAAGAACUACAUCCAGAAAAAGUGAAACCAAAAAAAGAAUCAAAUAAUUCUAAAGGUGUGUUCAAGAUUAAUACUUUGUCUGGAGCGAAGAGGCGUAAAUUGUUGGCAACCGAAGAUAAGGUUAAAAAUGAUGAUCCUAAUAUAGUCGGUUUCCAGAGUAGUGGUUCUGAAGCCAGUGAUUCCGAAACGGAAGUACCUGAUGAUAUUGAAGAACCAGCAGCACCAGCAAUCAAGGAAGAUGCUAAUUGCGAAACAGAAACUGAUGAAAAAAAUCGUGAUGUCAUUCUGGUUGAAAAAGAAAAGGAAGUGCCCAUUGAAGUCAAAGAUGAUAAAAAAGUGAGUCCCAACAAUGAAGAACUGCCAAGGAAACCUGCAGUUUUCGUUGACGUUCUGAGAAGUGAAGAAAUACAAAGAGCCAGGCUCAAACUUCCGAUUUUAGCCGAAGAACAACAAAUAAUGGAGGCAAUCAAUGAAAACUCAAUAGUUAUACUUGCUGGUGAAACGGGUAGCGGUAAAACAACACAGGUACCCCAGUUUCUGUACGAGGCAGGAUACGCUUUGAAACAACAAAUAGCUGUUACAGAACCUAGAAGGGUUGCUGCCAUUUCAAUGUCGAAAAGAAUUGCCGAAGAGAUGAAUCUCAGCCAGAAAGAAAUCAGUUAUCUGAUCAGAUUUGAGGGGAAUGUUACUGAUGAUACAAAAAUUAAAUUCAUGACCGACGGAGUUUUGUUGAAAGAGUUGAAGAGUGAUUUCUUGUUGUCUAAAUACUCUGUGGUUAUAUUGGAUGAGGCUCAUGAAAGAUCAGUAUACACUGAUAUACUCAUAGGUUUUCUUUCUCGGAUAGUUCCUCUACGACAUAAGAAAGGAAACCCCCUGAAACUCAUUAUAAUGUCGGCUACAUUGCGACUGGAAGAUUUCACUGAAAAUCGCAGACUUUUCAAGAGUCCACCAAAAGUGAUCAAAGUAGAGGCUAGACAAUUUCCCGUUACGAUUCAUUUCAACAAGAGGACUGACCAGAACUAUUUAAAGGAAACUUUCAAUAAAGUAGUCAAAAUCAACACCAAAUUGCCUGAAGGUGGUAUUUUAAUUUUUGUAACGGGUCAACAAGAAGUCAAUUCAUUGGUGAGGAAGCUGAGGAGGGCUUUUCCUCUGAGACACAAGAGUAAAAUAUUGGAGAAGACUAAAGAAAUAACAGAGGAAGCUAAUAACCAGCUCAGCGACAAUGAAGACGUAGAAAAUGGAAUGAAAAAAGCUCUCAAGAAAAGAAAAAAAGUUAAAAUCAUACCAGAAAUCAAUUUGGACGAUUAUAGUGUACCAGGUGACAUAGAAAACGAAUCAGAGGAGGAACUUUCAGAUGAAGAGGAUUAUGCCGAUAUUACUACCAUAACGAAUGCUCAACCCCUCUGGACUCUCCCGUUAUACUCUCUUUUACCCACUCAUAAACAACAAAAAGUCUUCGAACCUGCUCCUCCGGGUUGCAGACUCUGCAUUGUCAGUACAAACGUAGCAGAAACUUCACUGACAAUCCCCAAUAUAAAGUAUGUGGUAGAUACUGGAAAACGUAAAGUGAAAUUAUAUGAUAAGGCAACUGGCGUUACAAGUUACGUCGUCGAUUGGACCAGUAAGGCAUCGGCAAAUCAGAGGGCCGGACGAGCUGGCAGAGUGGGACCCGGACAUUGUUACAGGUUAUACUCCAGUGCCGUAUUCAACGAUACUUUCCCCGAGUACUCCAUACCAGAAAUUCAGCAAAAACCUGUCGACGACCUCUAUCUGCAAAUGAAGUGCUUGCACAUAGAUAAAGUUGUGAAUUUUCCAUUUCCCACAGCUCCAAAUCUGCUACAACUCAAAUCAGCCGAAGCUAGAUUGGAAACUUUGGGAGCUUUGAAAGACGGUCAAGUGACACCCCUCGGCAGGGCCAUAUCUAAAUUUCCUGUUCUCCCGAGAUACGGUAAAAUGUUGGCUCUCAGUCACCAGCAAGAUUUGCUACCGUACAGCAUAUGCUUGGUGGCGUCUUUAUCUGUUCAAGAAGUUUUGUUGGAGGUACCAAUUGUGCAUACUAGUCCAGAAGAAAUGAAGCAGAUGCGUCAAAAAUGGGCUGUUAUUAGGAGACAAUGGGCUGGUCAGGGAAACUCUUUAUUUUUGGGGGAUUACAUGGUUCUCCUGAGAGCAGUCGGUGCAGCAGAAUAUGCAAACAGUCAAGGAAAAUUCGAGAAAUUUUGUACUGACAAUGGCUUGCGGCACAAAGCCGUUGUUGAAAUAAGGAAAUUGCGUCUGCAGCUAACCAAUGAAAUAAGGAAAAACACACCGGAGGUUGACGUGGUUGUCGAUCCCACUAUGCCGCCUCCCACCGAUCUCCAGGCGAAAUUACUGCGCCAGCUGUUACUUGCCGCCAAUGGGGAUCAAGUUGCGAAAAAGAUAUCUCCAGAAGAAGUCAAGGAGGACGAGGAGAAGAGCAAAUAUAAGUAUGCGUACCGUGCGAAUAAUAUGGAGGAACCUGUUUUCCUACAUCAGAGUUCCGUAUUGAAAAAGACACUGCCAGAGUUCGUGGUGUAUCAGGAAAUUUAUGAAACUAAUAAAAUGUAUAUGAGAGGGGUAGCAUCUGUGGAACCAGAGUGGUUACCUGUCUACGUACCUGGUUUGUGUAACUUGUCGGAGCCGUUAUUGUUCCCCGAGCCGAGAUACAAUCCACAUACAG